AUGUCGGUCCCAUUAUACUUGAAAGUCAAAGGACCAACAUCUACUAGUGACCAAUACCACCAGCCAUGUUUUGCUGUCACUUCAGAAAAAUCAAUCGAGUUUAACGACACCAAUUACGAUUUUGAACAGAUUUACCAAGCAUCAGAAACUCAAUACCCAGAAUUAAUCAAUUCAUCACACAACUCAUGUAUUGUGUUGAUGGGUCCAACCGGAGGAGGCAAGACAACAAUGUUGAAGCAUUUGAUCCUGGCAAAAUUGAAGACUUUUGAUGAUAAUGAGCCAGUUUUCGUUUCCUCAUUUGAAAUCACCAAUAACAAAUUCUUGAUUGAUUUGUUGGAUUCUAAUGACACUUCGAGAAAAGUGCCCUUUAGCUUGUUGAACAAUUUUGAAAAUAAAUUAAAGAGAAAGAAGGCCAGUGCUGAACUUAUCAAGGAGGUUUUGAAACAAAGAUCAAGCAAGGCUACUGAAUUCAACGCCAAUUCGUCAAGAUCCUGUCUUGUUAUCACCUUCUUUUACCACAAUUUUAGAACCACCUUUGUUGACUUGAUGGGCAGUGAAAAGAAUUCCAAGUUUAGCUCAAACAUCUUUGCAAACACAAACAUAUCCUCUAUUACUCAACAAAUGGUAAACAAACAAAAGGACGUUAGAUCACACAAUUUGGUAACAAACUAUAUCUUCAAAAACAAAGAUUUGAAGGUUGUCCUUAACUUGGACCCUAAUGGUGAUGUGUCUUUAAUCAAGUCAACAUUGACUAAUAUUGCUGAUAUUGUCAAGACAUUCAAGUUGGAAACGGUUGAAAACACAGUAAGAACGAGAAGAACGCCAAGUUAUACCAUGCCAACAAUGUCAUCAAUCCGCGGUAGUCCUCAAAAAUUGGCUAAAAGGGUUGGUGUCACGGUAAAACCUACCCCUCUGGUUAAACCAAUCCCACGUGUCACCGCCUCCAUGGAUAGAAAAUACUCGGUCCGCAAACCACCUGUCCCCACGAGAAGCCCAAGUAAAGAUGCUAAAUUAAUUGAAGCGUUGAAGAUGGAACAAUCCUUAUCCAAGCAAAAGUAUGCGGAGUCAAUUUCUGAAAUCAAGACUGAAAUUGGUUAUUUCAAGCAAGAGACAAAUCAAAUGUUGGAGACAUUUCAAAAUUUGCGAUCCAAAUUGGAUUUACUUUCCCAAGCUAAUGAGGAAAAGCAGCAGCAGAUUGUUGCUGCAAAAGGAGAGAAUGACAAAAUUGUUGAAGAAUUAGAUCAUUUCAAACAGAAGGUUGUUGAUUAUCAACAAAACAAGAGUGGAAACGAAGAGGAGAUUGCUAGACUUGAAGCUGAACUCAACCGUUUGGAACAGGAAUUGCUGGUAAGUAGAAAUGCUGUGUCAGAACUCGAAUCAUUCAAAACAAAUCUUGAAAAUAAGAUUGAAUUGCUGAAGCAGGAAGAGCAGAAAUUGAUGGAUCGUAUUAGAGUGUUGAAUCUCGAGCUUGAUGAAAACAAGAAAUUGAUGGCAUCGAAAACUUACGAUAUCAACCAACUUCAGGAGACUAUUGAGUCACAAAAUGCUUCACUGGUUGAGAAAGAGAAUGAAAUAAGUGAGUUGUUGAAUGCAAAGGAUGAACUUGCAAAGAGAAAUGAAGCUCUCACAAGUGAAUUGGAAAACUUGAAAUUAUCUUUUGAAAAGUCUACUGUCGGUAAUAAUGAAGCCCAAGACGCGGUAACCAAGUUGUCAGCCUUGGUUGCUGAAAAGGAAUCUGAGAUAGAGAGGUUACAUGAUGUGGAGGAAAAAUUGAAUCAUUUAAAGGAAUCACAUCAAAAUGAAAGUGAAUGGGCUACAUCAGAGAUGUCAAAGUUGAAGGCAGAUAUGGCGGCAAAACAAAUCAAGAUCGAUCACUUGAACAGUUUGGAGGCUUCUCUUAAUCAACAAGUGGAACAAUUGCAAAAUGAAAAGCAAGUAUUGGAAAGCAAAGUUAACGAACUUGCCCAGUCAAACAAAGAAUUACAAUUACAAAUUGAUUCUGGUGCCAACGUCAAUAAUGGAAGAAUUGCUGAAUUGGAAGCUCGAUUGUUGGAGAAGAAUAACCAUGCAAAUGGCUUGUCACAAGAGUUGCAAACGGAAACUUCGUUAAAGAGCCAAUUGAAAUCGGAUCUUGAAGCGGCUAUUCUCAAGUAUCAAACGCUUCAAUCGGAGUUUGCCACCUUGGAAUCGAAUUUAUCAAACCAUCUGAAUGAAAAUGAAGACUUGACUAACAAAUUAACGUCCAAGACCCAACAAUUGAAAACCAAAAUUGAAACAAUCACUCAGUUGGAAAAAUCCGUCCAUGAUUCCAAUGAGCAGUAUAAGCUUUUGCAAGAUAGAUUCACCAAAAAGCAAGAUCAUUACAAGACCAAGAUUUCCGAUUUGAAAAAAGCAUAUGAGGUGACGAUUGCUGAAAAAGAUGCUGAAAUCAAAAGAUUGAAAUCGUCUCCAACUAAACUCGGCUUGAGUGAUGAUUACAACGGACAUUUGUUUAGUGAACGGUCGUCACCUUUUGGAUUCAAUCCUAAUGACAUAUAUCAAGACUCGGUGGUGGAGUCAACGGUGAAUUUCAACCAUGGAGGUAAGAACACCCAUUUAUCGCAUGAAUUGAACAAGCCCUCUUCCUCCUCCAGUGACCACAAAUCAUCCCACAACAAAAAGUCGCCAAACAAAAAGUUCCACGAUAAUAAGAAAUCACCCGAGAAGGAGUUUAAGCAAAAAUCAAGAAGUUCCACGCCAAACAAACAUACGCCUACGAAAAACGUCUUACAAUCAUCAUUCCAAGCCAAUAGUGCACCACUUUCGUCAGGUGGUAAGAUCAAGAAAAAGAGCGGAUCUAAUAAAUCAUCGCCUUUGAAAUCAAUUAAAACUUAA